AAUCAAACAAUGGUUACAGAAUUAAUCCUACUGGGAUUUUGUCUUGGUCCAAGGAUUCACAUAAUCCUUUUUGGGCUCUUCUCCCUGUUCUAUGCCUUCACCCUGCUGGGGAACGGCUCAACCAUGGGGCUCAUCUGGCUGGACUCCAGACUUCACACCCCCAUGUACUUCUUCCUCUCCCACCUGGCCAUCGUUGACAUAGCCUAUGCCUGCAACACAGUGCCCUGGGUGCUGGUAAACCUCCUGAAGCCAGACCAGUCCAUCUCCUUUGCUGGCUGCAUGACGCAGACCUGUCUUUUCUUGACUUUUGCUCUAACAGAAUGUCUUCUCCUGGUGGUGAUGUCCUAUGAUCGGUAUGUGGCCAUCUGCCACCCGCUCCGAUAUUCUGUCAUCAUGAGCUGGACAGGCUGCAUCAUCCUGGUGGUGACUUCCUGGGCAUGUGGCUCCCUGCUGGCCCUGGUCCAUGUGGUUCUCAUCCUGAGGCUGCCCUUCUGUGGGUCUCAUGAAAUCAACCACUUCUUCUGUGAGAUCCUGUCUGUCCUCAAGCUGGCCUGCGCUGACACCUGGCUCAACCAAGUUGUCAUCUUUGUUGCCUGUGUGUUUAUCUUAGUCAAGCCCCUCUGCCUGGUGCUGGUGUCCUACACGCGCAUCCUGUUGGCCAUCCUGAGGAUCCAGUCCGGGGAGGGCCGCAGAAAGGCCUUCUCCACCUGCUCUUCCCACCUCUGCGUGGUGGGGCUCUUCUUUGGAAGCGCCAUUGUCAUGUACAUGGCCCCCAAAUCCCGCCACCCUGAGGAGCAGCAGAAGAUCCUUUCCUUGUUUUACAGCCUUUUCAACCCUAUGCUGAACCCAAUGAUCUACAGCCUGAGAAAUGCAGAUGUCAGGAGUGCCCUGAAAAGGGCAAUGUGCAAGGAAAGUCAUUCCCAAUUGGAGUGACAUUGGAAUCACCAGACUAAGUGCUUGAUCACUGCCUAAAUCCAGGAAACUUCACUUUUCUCAUCUUAGGUAUACCUAAAGGACAAGCCCUCCUCUUCCUUUGAAUG